GUUCAAGUUUUGAGAGUGAUUUGUGCAGUGCUUUGAGCUCUGAAAUAAAUUGGUGAAACUUAUUAUUUUCGUAUAUUUAAGUGAGAACAGUGGUAUUAGUAUAAUGGCAGAUUCUGUUCAGCCUCAGGUGGACGCUUCCCCCGCAGCAGCGACUCAAGAUAGCACAAAUGAAAACAAACAAGAAAGUAAACCAGCGGAUCCAGUCCAAGCACCAGAAAUAGGCGGUGGUGAACCACUAGCACCAGCAAUUGUUACGCAAGAAGAUUCGCAAGGCGCUAAGCUUGCGGGCCAAGCCAAGUCGAACGAUGAAAAUCAAAUAGAUGUGGCAAGUGUUGCACCAGAACAAUCUAAAGAAGAACUAACACUAGAGCCAACAGAAAUGUCAAUUAAAACAGAACAGGAGAACAAUGAAGUUAAGGCUGAUAUUAAUGAAGCACCUAAAGGAUCAGGUGAAUGGCAGCAACGUGAAUUGGAGCUUUUAAAAAAGAUUGAGGACUUGGAGAAAGUCAAGAACGAGAGAAGCGAGGACGGUCUCCGGCUGGAAUUAAAGGUUCGUGAGGAAGAAAUAGAUCUAUUGAAAGCACGAGUGAAGAACUUGGAGACGGAACUUCAGGCUGCGUUAUCCAAGCCGAGCGGCAAGAACCAUGAGAUGAUCGAGAAGAUUAAAUUGCAGCAUGAAGAGUUGCUAAGCAAAGCUCGCGGCAUGAUAUUCGACAAAACGAAGAUGGUGAAGAACCAGGAGCUGCAGAUCCAAGCACUGACUACACAAGUGGCUUCGCUAAAGGACAUUAACAUUAUCACGAAGGACUUGCUCGAUAUCAGGAAUUCCGAAGUCAAAGCUAUGGAGGAGCGUUUUCAAGCGAUGGAUGCGCGUUACAAAGCUGAGAAGGAAAGAUACAGUCUUGUGCUACAAAGAGCUCAGACCAGCACCAAUAUUAAUGACGAUCUGCGUAAAGAAUAUGAAACGCAACUCGCUAUAUUUAAGGAAUUGCGAGAGAAAUACGAAGAAAGAGUCCAAGCGUUGGUAGCUGAGAACAACAGACUCAAGGAGUCCAUUAAAGGCACUACGUCCGGAUAGUUUAUAUGUCUAUUCUAAACCCAAAAAUAUAUUAUAAAGACUGCUUUUAGAAGUAUUUUGGCAGAUAUUUUUUAUAGAGUAUGAAUUAAUUAUAUAAUUUAUUGUGUUUAAUAAAGUAAAUAUAAAUACAUUUGCAAUUACUUAUAUAACAUUUGUUUUGGUUUUUAAAAUAUAUUUGAUUGACUAUUGUAUAAAUAAAUAAACAAUAUAUUUAGGUUUAAAAAUAUUGUAUUAUUAUUAAGUGCAAGACAGAGUAAGGCCGGCAAUACACCUGCGUUUCCCCUCGCAUUACAGAUAAGCGACGGUGAUUACUUACCAUUAGGUAAGCCUUACGCUAGUUUGCCUGUUUUUCCAUAAAAAAAAAAACAAGACAGGCUAUCCAACACACAAUUAAUAAAUACAUAUUUAUAAAACUGUUAAUGAAAAGGAGCACCUCAAGAAACAAGCAAGCUCAAAGUAAUAUAAAGGGUAUUAAAAAGGUAAAUAUUUUGUAAAAUGUAAAUUUUUUGAUUUAAGACUGAAAGUCAUGUGGUGCGUUAAUGAAUCCAAAUGGCAAAAAAUGAGAUGUUUUAAAUCAGCAGCAACUUGAAGAGACCAGUAAAUCAUAACUUUAGAGGAAAAUUUUAUAGUGUAGUGUUUUACGGUAGUGUAUAAUGAUUUUUAUGGUAGCAAACAUAGAUUUAGUAUAAACUGCUAUAUCUAUUCUAUGGUAGCAAAUGAGUCGAUAUACCGGGUGUUUGUGAAACGCUCCCGAAAACGAAGAUAGACGAUAGUACUAACUAUACCUUUGAUCAUGGGUGAGAAAUAAAUACGAUUCUGAGGAAAAAAGAAUCAUCUUUUCGCAACGUUUUAUUAGCUUUAUUCACGUCCCAUUAUGUUGGUACAGCUAAAUAAUACGAUAAUUUCGCUAAAAAAUCAUGAAAUGCUUAAAUAUUAGAUCAGCAGUGAAAUUUAAAAUAAAUAAGUCAUAAAAUCAGCUGACAAUAAGGUCAAUAUUCUCGGGGAUGCCAAACUCGUUAUGUAUCUAGCUCGGUGCGACACAAUGCCUACUCACUCUACCCUUCCCUUUCACACAUGCGAUACCGCCGCCCAGUCAGCUCGUGUCGCCCGGCGUUGUGGAAUUUAUAUAAUCCCAACAUGUGGGAAAUUCCCAAACUUGCGGGGAAUUUAAAGUUGGUUGGGGAUUGGUAUUAUGCAGGGAAAAUACGAGGAUUUUGAAAAUCGAUAGCCAGGGCCAAGCCAGAACCUUUUUUCAAGAAAUCUAAAUAACAUUUUGUUAGGUUACUUAUGAAAAUCGAAUGACCUUUUUUUAAAUUAUGUUCAUUGCACCACAUUUAAUGGUUUUUUAAUGGUUUUCAUUUCUUUAUUUUUUAAUUUUAAAGAAUUUGUCCUUAAAUUGGGGACUUUGACAUGAAUUUUCGGGGAAUUUGACAAAUUGGUGUUGGCAAUGCUGCUAUGUUGCACCAAAAUUUAGUUUGCCACAUUUGAAUUAGAGGCGGCAAUCACUUUAAAACUUGCAAGUAAUUUUUAAUAAUUUUGACGUACCUCUUUUUAAAUUCAAAGUAUUGGUCGGAUUAAAUAUAGAAAGUCAAUUAAAAUAAAGUAAAAAUAUUAUUUAUUAUAUUAAUUGUUUCUGAUGGAUUAAUUAACUGUCGAUCGUAAUUGGAAUUGAUUUUAAUUAUCUGGGGGCACGGCAGUGCCCCUGCCAAGUCGAGCGAAAAAGCGGCACGGCUGUACCAUCCUUUUCUCGAAGCAGUUUAGGCCAUUUUAGAAACCCUAUAACUUUGUUGUGGUUGUGGAUAAAACUAGAAGCCUGAAUUUUCAGUAGCCAAGUAGGCAUUGUAUAAACUCGGUAUAUUUCAAAUUUCAUUAAAUUUUAAUCAGUAGUUUAAGAAUUAUAACUAGUUAAAGUUUUUUAAUUUUGUCACUCACUGACUGACCGAUCAUCAAAAUUCUAAGGCUUCAAAUUUGGAAUACAAUUAUUGUUUAGUAUAUAAAUCAAGGAAAAAUUAAAAUAUUUUGCAAUUUCGGUCCAGUUUUCGAGAUACACCAACUGCAUAAAUAACUUUGUAAUCCCUUAUAAAUAUAUAGGAUAACAAAGUUACAUUUGCAGUGAAUAAAUCAGUACCUAUAUAUGUAUAAUAUAAUGGAAUAAUAGGUGCAAAUAGGUACGCAAUAUAGCUAUCUACAAAAAGAGAUAAGAUGCCAUCAAAAACAUAACUUCCAAGUCUCGCAACUCCGUUCUUCUACAGUAAAAAGUUGUGAGAUCCAUGUAAUACCAAGUCGGUUAAUUUAUUCAGUCCCUACUUAAGGAUCCUUCUGUCUUGAGUUAUUACGUAAUUAGCUAACUUAACAACAUCUCAUAGUGACCAUAUCAAUAUUAAAAAUCUUUUAUGUUUUAAAUAAAUAAAUUGACUUGGCAAUCGAACUAAACAAUCUAAUUUAAUAUAAUAUGUAUUACUUGAGAGAUACAUUGUGUUUUCAUGCGAUGGCCAAGUCAAUCUCUUUAUUUAAAAUUUUAACGUGUUAACGUUUAUAUCCUCGAUUACGAAUCAAAAUGCAAAUGCGUUGUCACCACUGAGGACUAAGGUGGAAUGCCUCCUUUCCAGUAAAAUGGUCUCCGGUUCUCUACACUCAGCAUAUGAAACACCUGCUGUGUUAAGCUGCUAUUUUACGCUGGUAUUCUGUGAGAGUGUGGUCCUUCACCGGUCGAGCUAACCCAAUCGUGCUACAAUUAUACUACCAAUAUAGCUGCAUCAUAGCUCUACCACGUAUAAAGUUACCUACUUGGGAUACAGAGUUGAUUCUAACCAAUAAAUAAUAGAAAGACGAAUUCUUUGUUAUGGGAUUCGUACUGUUGUAAUUUUGCCAGAGUCGAGUAUUAUGACCGUGUAGUGGGGGUGUAAGAAUAUCUAUUACUCCAUAUCGUCCCGUGGGUGUUAUAAGAGGCGACAAAGGGAAAAAAGUGCGGUUGCUGACCCAUAGCAUGACAACUAUGGCAAAUAUCCUCCCUAUGAGACAAUCUUUGGGGAGGCUAUGUUCAGCAGUGAAAAUGUGAUAGGCUGUAAUGUGAGUAUUAUGAAAUUAGCUGUAUUAGUUGCAGAAGAAGGGUCCACCCGCAAAAAUGUACUUUUGAGUUAUUGCCGUAUUGAUUUGAUUUGUUUGUAAAUUUACUUAACAUAUUAUAUUGAUAUAAAUAAACUAUUACAAAAUUUUGAGUCCUUAAACACUAUACUCGUAACUUUUUUGUCCUAGUGUGAUUUGGAACUUUUUUGCGUAACUACGUCCAAUUUUCCUUAAAAAAAUUGUUUUAUAACUUCUUCACAAAAUGUUGAUGCAUCACAUUGCGAAGUUUUUGAGAGGUUUUGACGGUAGCUUAAGCAAGUAGAUUUUAGAUGACGAUUUUAUCUCAAGAUGCCUAAACAGACUCAAUAUUUCCCACUAACAUUCACAUUCACAUGCGCAGAUACUUAAUACACUUAAUAGCACCAAGUUUACGUAUAAAAUCUAUUUCAAAUCAUUAUCAGAAUUCGACCGAGUGGAUCGUGUCACCCUGCUUCAAAAAUUACAAAUGCUUGGGAUUUGCAGUGAUUUGCGAUUUGGUUCCAAGCAUAUAUUUUCAAUCGCAGCCAAGCUGUGAUAUAGGUGGUUUCAGAUCUGAUUAUAUAAACGUCCCUUCAGGAGUUUCGCUGGUAUCUCUGCUUGGUUCUCUCCUGUAUAUACCCUACCAGUAUGAUAUGGGAAAUAUAUGCACUACGAUAUAGGAAAUAUAUUCAAUAUAUGCAGAUGACAAGAAAAUAUAUAUGAAUGUAAACUCAGAAAAAGACUGUCGGCUCCUUAAUGAAAACUUAAACAGGAUUGCUCUUUACUACAAAAAUAACCGCAUAACAGCUAAUAUCGACAAAUGUGUAUCAAUCUCGUUCACCCGUAAAAUAAAACUUAUAACACACACACUUCAGAACACAUUACAUUAAUUAAUAACCAAGAAAGCCUUCAAAAAUCUAGGAUUCGUCAUGCGUGUCACCAAACAUUUUAAUGAUUUCAUUUGCAUUAAAGCACUUUAUUUUACAUACGUCUCCCAAUAUAAAAAAAUGUGUCGCAGCCAUAGAGCGUAUACAGAAUAGAUUCCUGCAGUACCUCAAUUACCUUGGCAGGCACAAGAGCGAAGACUAUCACAGCUCUUGUCUGCAUCACAACUUAUUUACAUUACAAGAUCGUAGAUGUGUAGUUGACACGAUGCUGCUAUACUAGGUAUGUACUGACGCGCUAGACUGUCCACAAUUGACACAGCACCUUAUGAGGUUUCGUACUCCCAAGAAACGUACUAGAGUUACGGAAUUAUUUUAUGCACUGUUCUUUGAACGAUGUUAUCCGAAGGGCUUUUGUCUCUAUCAAUGUUCCCUCGGUUUUAGAGCUUUGUGGAAUAUUUAGAGACGAUGGCAGGAGACGCGACGGUGUGACAUUGGUCCUUGGGAGAGAGGUAAAGCCCUAGUGUGGGAUGCUACUUGCGUAGACACUUUGGCGGUCUCUCAGGGGUACCUCAUUUAAAGCCAUCAGAGGCAGAUGAACUAAGUGGCGCAAAUAUGAGUCUUGAAUAAUUACUACAUAUUUGUUCCAAUUGCUGUAGAGACUAUCGGGGUCCAUGUGCGUUGAAGUUUCUAAAGGAACUCUAUUCACGACUGGUCGUUGCUGCUGGUGAUAAGAGGGAUGGUUCUUUUGCUGGUGCACCGACCUGGAAGCCCUAUUUUGCACAAAAAAUUCUCUAGCACAUUUCUUUCGGCAUUAUAAUUCAAACACUUGUAUUUCGUGCCGAGUCGAGUUAACGAUUUUUGUUUAUCUUUUCUUAGUAAUUUUUGAUCAGAACUAACCAGAUCAGUACAGACAUCGUCAUCAUAAUAAAAAUACUUUACAUUUGCAAUGUUAGCUUAAUUUCUUUUAUGAAAAUAAAAACCAAUUGAACCAG